GGAGAGACCUCCAGCUACAAGCUGCCUCUACUGCCUUACCAGAAAUCCACAAGAUCCUCCUCCAAUGUUCCUUUGUAUGUCGUUCAAGAAGGGAUAACACAUCUCCUUAAACUCCUAGUUUGCUUAGUUUAUGCCAAGAAGCUUGAAGAGAGGCAGAGUGUUUUUAACCCACUUCUUUCGAUUUGUUACAGGAAAACGGAUAUCUAACUGUACCCCUAAAUCGUUUUAGAGAGCUACUGAUUUGGGAAGAAAAAGUGAGCAAAGGACAGGGCUGCUGAGAAGUCUUCAUUCACAACCAGGAUUCCAGAUUGCUGCGAUUUAUCCACAGUACAAUAUUAGCAUGAUGUCUUAUCUCAAGCAACCACCUUAUGCAGUCAAUGGGCUAAGCCUGACUACUUCUGGGAUGGAUUUACUGCAUCCUUCCGUGGGAUAUCCUGCUACCCCUAGGAAGCAGAGAAGGGAGAGAACCACCUUCACCAGAGCUCAGCUGGAUGUCCUGGAAGCUCUUUUUGCCAAAACUCGUUAUCCUGAUAUCUUUAUGAGAGAAGAAGUAGCUCUCAAGAUCAACCUGCCUGAGUCCAGAGUCCAGGUGUGGUUUAAAAAUCGCCGAGCAAAAUGCCGCCAGCAACAACAGCAGCAACAAAACGGAGGGCAGAGCAAAGUACGGCCGGCUAAGAAGAAGCCUUCUCCGGUGAGGGAGGUCAGCUCAGAGAGCGGAACAAGUGGGCAAUUUACCCCUCCAUGCAGCACAUCUGUGCCAGUGAUAUCCAGCAGCACAGCUCCUGUGUCCAUCUGGAGUCCAGCCUCUAUCUCUCCUCUGUCUGAUCCCCUAUCAACAUCAUCUUCAUGCAUGCAGAGGUCCUAUCCUAUGACUUACACCCAGGCACCAGCAUAUGGACAGGGUUAUGGCACCUCAGGGUCCUAUUUUGGGGGAAUGGACUGUGGAUCUUACUUGACCCCUAUGCACCAUCAGCUUCCUGGACCGGGAGCUGCUCUAAGUCCUAUGGGAAGCAACACAGUAACCAGCCAUCUCAACCAGUCCCCAGCUUCUCUGUCCUCUCAGGCCUAUGGAGCCUCCAGCUUGGGUUUUAACACCACUGCUGAUUGCUUGGAUUACAAAGACCAAACAGCCUCCUGGAAGCUAAACUUCAAUGCUGACUGUUUGGAUUAUAAAGACCAGACAUCAUCUUGGAAGUUUCAGGUUUUGUGAAGAUACUUUUAGCAAAAGAGAAACAUUUUUGGUGACACACAACAUAGACUUUCCAGUCCUAGCCAGGUCUUGGUCGAAGAAAAAAGAGAAAAUGAGAAACAAAAGACAUUUCCUUCAUUUUAUGAACAUAAACCCCCAGGCUUCCCAGUGGAUCUCAAAAACUCCCCAUCUUGUGGAAAAGACCUUUCUAUUUAUCCAGUGACCAGAACAUAUACAGUUGUGAUUAUAGUUUUAGCAAAUUGUGGAUGAAACUUUGAAAUGAAUCAAGGAGACCAUUCGAUCUCAGGCUGUUAAAUAUGAAUAUCUAUAAGCUGGGGUGGGGGUAAUUUGCACCAGGAGGUGCUCAGUGUUAGCCAGCUCUUGGUUAAACCAAUGGAAUGGCCAGUUCUUAGAGGGUGCAGCUCAUGCCUGCUUCAUGACUGUUGUGUUGGCACUGUGAACAUUUCAGGGGCUAAAUGACUUGUGCUACUGAUUGUCCUAGAUGCACUACUUUAUUUAAACAGAAAUAAUAAUAAUGUUUAUAAGGAUUCAAUAUGUAGUUUUUAAAAGACAAUCAGUGUGUGUCUUAUAUAAAUGGUAAAUAUGUGGUUUUUAAUCUGUGCUAGACUUCAAAACUGUGAUCUCCUGUAUUGUAUGCAAUUGUGAACUCCAAGCCAGUAGGGGUUCUUCUGUGAUUAAAUAGGUUAUAAUUCUAGGUGCGAUUCUGCAUUCAGAGCAAGUCUGUGCCCUUUUAUCAUUCAAAAUUAGGGCAUUUACCAGCAAGGAACUCCUGUGAAACUUUGUUUUCUCUUACAACUUGGCCCAAAAAUGAAAACAGAGAUUGGAGGAAAAAUUCCAUGGACUCUAGCUCCUUACAGAGAUCUUUUUAAAGACUGUUUGGAAUAACUCUGGCCUUAGUGCAUUGCUUGCUAUGUGAAAGAUUCUUCCUGGAUUUGGCAAAUAUGUAUCAUUAUAUUAAAAGGAGUCUAGCACAA